AUGCUCUGGCGGUGGACGCUGUUGAUGCUUCUGGUGGGCGGAGCCGGCCAGCGGGCCUCGGGCUCGCCGUGUCCUGCGCGGGAGGGCCGCAUGAGCAACGUGUGCGACGCACCAGCUGCUCGCCUGACCGUCACCAGCGCCAACGGCACGUGGGUGCGCUGCGACCAGCAGGUGGACAAGGAGCAGUUCGAGGCAGCGCCCGUCGUUUCCUUCCCAGCGGCACUCCAGGACUCGCUCUACACGCUGAUCAUGGUGGACCCCGACGUCCCGGGCCACAGGCCGGGCAGAUUCUGGCUGCACUGGAUCGUCGCUAACAUUCCGGGUGGCGAUUUUGUUUCCGGAAUAUUCGACUCUGCCAACGUCGUAGCAGAGUACCAGAAGCCCGAGCCGCCGGCGGGCACGGGCGCGCACCGCUACCUGCUGCUGGCCUACCGGCAGCCCGCGGGCCGCGCGCUGCUGCGGGCGCCCGCGCUGCGCCCGCAGUUCCGCCUGGUAGACUUCCUGCGCGACGCCGGCCCCUACUGUCUGCAGGGACCGCAGGCCGGCGCGCAGUUCCGAGCCGCCUACUGA